AUGGCAACAACUUUUUUUAUUCUAAUAGAACGAAUCGGUCUGAUCCAUCCUGAUAAAGUCCAGUCAAUUCAAGACGUCUGGGCUAGUAUGCUAAGACGGGUAUGCUCCGGCCAUGAUUUGGAGCCAUGUGGAUCUUGUCACAGGGAUCUGAAUCACUUUAAACAAGUUGUAAGCCAUGAUGCUGUCGACAAGGCUAGUGUUCGCUGUGCCCAUCUAGUUAUGCUGCUACCGAUCGUCAGAGAGCUUGCAGAGACGGAGAUCUACAGGGCUAGAAUUGAAUUAACUCCAGAAUGCUAA